CAGGUGCGAAGGAGCUGGCAGGAGUCCGGGCUGGGGGCGGGUUUGAAGGCUUGUUUGGCUUUAGAGGCUGUGAUACAGCUGUUUGGAUUCGACCGCUAGGCGGAAAGCGAUUCCGAAGGGCCAGGACAACAAAGAACCCCGCGAGAUUCCCAAUGGUGUCCAUGACUUUCAAGCGGAGCCGCAGCGACCGGUUCUACAGCACCCGGUGCUGCGGCUGUUGCCAUGUCCGCACGGGGACGAUUAUCUUGGGCACCUGGUACAUGGUGGUGAACCUAUUGAUGGCAAUAUUGCUGACAGUGGAGGUGACUCAUCCAAACUCGAUGCCAGCUGUCAACAUUCAGUAUGAAGUCAUUGGUAAUUACUAUUCAUCUGAGAGAAUGGCUGAUAAUGCCUGUGUUCUUUUUGCCGUCUCUGUUCUUAUGUUUAUAAUCAGUUCGAUGCUGGUAUAUGGAGCAAUUUCUUAUCAAGUGGGUUGGCUGAUUCCAUUCUUCUGUUACCGACUUUUUGACUUCGUUCUCAGUUGCCUGGUUGCUAUCAGUUCUCUCACUUAUUUACCAAGAAUCAAAGAAUAUCUGGAUCAAUUACCUGAUUUUCCCUACAAAGAUGACCUCCUGGCAUUGGAUUCCAGCUGCCUCCUGUUCAUUGUUCUCGUAUUCUUUGUCUUGUUCAUCAUUUUUAAGGCUUAUCUAAUCAACUGUGUUUGGAACUGCUAUAAGUACAUCAACAACAGAAAUGUGCCAGAAAUUGCUGUGUACCCUGCCUUUGAAGCACCUCCUCAGUAUGUUUUGCCAACCUAUGAAAUGGCUGUGAAGAUGCCUGAGAAAGAACCACCGCCUCCUUACCUACCUGCCUGAAGAAAUUCUGCCUUUGACAAUAAAUCCUAUACCAGCUUUUUGUCUUGUUUAUUUCACAGAAUGCUGCAAUACAGGGCUCAUCAAACUGGUUUGAUGUAAGAUACGUUGUCUUUUGUUUUAGCAUUCAUUUUCAGACACUAAGGAGCUUUUUGGACAUCUAUUAAAUCUUUUUUUGUCGUUUUUCUAUACAUUUUAAUAGUUUUUGAAGACAAUCUAGGUUAAGCAAGAGCAAAGCACCAUUGUUUGCCUUUAAUUGGGGGGUGGGGAGGGAUGGGGGGGAUUCUCCACAUAUUUUCUUUUUUAACUUUGCACUUUCUUUAUAUAAUAGUUUGCAUUUUGUUACUUGCUGCCCUGGAUACUUUCAGGAAGAAUGAACUACAUAUUUAGGGUGAGUGAGUUGCGUAUAAGAUUUGAAGUUUUCCACUAUGGAAACAGGAAAAAUUUAUGCUGUUCUGUCUUGACUGUGGAUGAUAACGGUUGCAUGUUUCUAAUUUGUAUGUUUCCAUCUUUGUGAUAAGACGCUUUAAUAAAUCUCUUAAAUAUUUA